ACAUUCCAAUACUUACCACUCCCAUGUAAAUCACUGAAACAGCCUUUUGAAGUGUCGGUGCUCACAUAAAGCGAAAGCAGAAGCAAUCAAUGGAUCAAUGGUUGAAAAUACAGACCCCCAUCAGAUCAGUCCAACCCUUCCAACGGUCUAAAUUCACAGAAACCUUAACAGUCUUCAUUUUGCUGCAAAGAAAGAUUUACAGAGUAAUGCCAACACUAAUAAUGUGAUUCCCUCACUUUUCUACUAUCUUUUGAUUAGCAAGUUUUAUUCUUUUUUGGGGCCUUUGAAGAAAAAGACACUGACACCAGAACUUCAUUAUCAAGCCAACAACGGUUCUUGGUCUACAGGUGUCCAUGUGAGAUGCCUCAAUAACUUUCAUCCCCGAAAACAGGAGGAAGAGCUAUCUGUCUGUUUUGCAAUACCAGUUUAGUAAAACCCAGGACCCAGAUCUGAAGCUGAGCUGAAGUUUCUGUAGUUUGGAGGAUGAAGGUCCAGCAUCAGAGAACUGGAGCUCUUUCUGGGCUCUUGGUGCUCUUCUUUCCUAUUUUCUUACCUGGCUUGUUUAGUCCAUUGAGCCAUGCUUCUCCUUCUAUGCUGUCGGAGUUGAAUGAUCCAAAACCCAAGCACUCGUCUCUAAUGAAUAGUGCUUUGCAACAACAAAGUUCAAAUGAAAAGCAGUCUGAUCUAUGGACUCCUUUGGCUGACCAAGGAUGGAGGCCGUGUGUUGAAUCAACAAAUGCGCCCACAACACCACAAGAAUCACAAGGAUAUCUCCAGGUAUUUCUUGAUGGAGGAUUGAAUCAGCAGAGAAUGGGGAUUUGUGAUGCUGUUGCUGUUGCUAAAAUACUGAAUGCAACACUUGUUAUUCCACAUCUUGAAGUAAACCCUGUUUGGCAAGAUUCAAGCUCAUUCAUGGACAUAUUCGAUGUCGAUCACUUUAUAGAGACAUUAAAAGAUAACAUAACUAUUGUUAGAGAGUUGCCUGAUGAUUUAUCCUGGAGCACAAGGGAGUUUUAUGCCGCAGCUAUUCGAACGACUAGGAUUAAAACGGCACCUGUUCAUGCCUCAGCUAACUGGUAUAUGGAGAAUGUCUUGCCUGUACUGCAGAGUUACGGGAUUGCCGCUAUUGCCCCAUUCUCUCACCGUUUGGCAUUUGACAACUUGCCUAUGGACAUCCAACUGUUACGCUGUAAAGUUAAUUUUCAAGCAUUAGUUUUUGUUCCCCACAUUAGAGCACUGGGAGAUGAACUUGUCAGUCGCCUUCGCUAUCCUUCAAACAGCGGUGGAGCACUUGAUACUGACCACCUACGAGAAACCACUGAUGCUGUUGCCAAACAAGUUCCUCGGAAAUUUGUUGCACUGCAUCUUCGCUUCGAUAAGGAUAUGGCCGCCCAUUCAGCUUGUGAUUUUGGUGGGGGCAAAGCUGAAAAACUGGCUCUGGCCAAGUACCGACAAUUGAUUUGGCAGGGACGAGUCCUAAAUUCCCAGUUCACUGAUGAAGAGUUAAGAAGUCAGGGACGUUGCCCUUUGACUCCAGAAGAGAUUGGAUUACUAUUGGCAGCUUUGGGCUUUGACAACACAACUCGUCUCUAUCUUGCCUCUCACAAGGUUUAUGGUGGGGAAGCUAGGAUUUCAACUUUACGCAAGUUGUUUCCACUGAUGGAAGAUAAAAAAAGCCUUGCUUCUUCAGAAGAACGGACUCGCAUUAAAGGCAAGGCUUCUUUGUUAGCUGCAGUUGAUUACUAUGUUGGCAUGCACAGCGACAUCUUCAUCUCCGCUUCUCCAGGGAACAUGCACAACGCGCUGGUGGGACAUCGAACUUUUGAGAACUUGAAGACAAUCAGGCCGAACAUGGCACUAUUGGGCCAACUCUUCCUGAACAAGAGUAUUAGUUGGUCAGAUUUCCAGAAGGCAGUGGUUGAAGGCCAUGGAAACAGAGAAGGGCAAAUCAGGUUAAGGAACCCGAAACAGUCCAUAUAUACAUACCCUGCCUCUGAUUGUAUGUGUCAUGUUAAAGGGUGAUUUAUCAAUUAUUGAAGUCAAAGGGUGUUUGCCAUUUGCCUUGGGCGACAAUCUGUAUCUCAAGUGGUGGUUCUGCACCUGCACGUAUUGUUUGUGGCUCGAGGUAUCACAAAUAAAAAAAUAGCAUUCCAUUUCUCCUUUGAUAGAAUCAUAGGCAUGUUCAUGUAACAUCUACAGAAGUGAAGCUUUUGAGUGCUGUGAUUUAUGGAACAAGGUCAAGGAUUGUAUUUGUUAGUUUAUUCUGGAUACGUUUAAAGCCACCGGUGAACGUUUGUAGACCUCGACAUUGUUGUGAUGAUGUUGUCACAUAGUUGUUCACUACUGUACUUUUGUGUGUAAAAUUGUAUGUUUAGAAUCAAAUGUGACAUUUCGCUGUCAAUAUUAUUUA